CUUUGUGAUCUGCUGUGUCAUUGGACACAGCUGAUCACGUGUUAAAGGCUGCUGUGAUUGUCAUUUUACCUCAUCAUAUGCAGCUAUAAACUUAUAAACACUGCCAUGUACUGGCCGAAUAAUAUAUAUCUAUUGAAUAGUUGUUGCACAAAAUACAUGAACAAUGUAUUCAGGGGCAGACUGACCAUUUGGAAACUCGGGCACUACCGAGGGCCGGGGUCGGUAGUGGGCCCCAUGAGAUGCCCCUGGUACUCUUUUCAUAGGCUUUUUUUGAGUUUGGGAAAGGACACAGGGGCCCCAUGAUCCCCUAUUGCCCGGGGGCCCCAU